AUGUCGCCCUUCAACCUCGAAACCUGCGCUAGGCCCAACAUCCUCGCGUUGGAACCUUAUCGCUGCGCGCGAGACGACUACAAAGAUGACGGCACCAACAUCCUCCUCGACGCCAAUGAGAAUGCCUUCGGGCCCCCCGUCUCCAACGGCGCCGUUGACGCUCCCAGCGGGCCGUCCCUGAAUCUCUCGGGCCUCCACCGUUACCCUGACCCCCACCAAAACUCCCUCAAACAACUCUUCUGCAACCUGCGCACCACCCACGCCCACACCGAACGCACGCUUUCCCCAGAGAACCUCUUCGUGGGCGUCGGCUCCGACGAAGCCAUCGACGCUCUGCUGCGCUGCUUCUGCGUGCCGGGCCGUGACAAGAUCCUCGUGUGCCCGCCCACCUACGGCAUGUACUCCGUCUCGGCGCAGGUGAACGACGUGGCCCUGGUCAAGGUCCCGCUUCUCCCCGCGCCCGACUUCCAGGUGGACGUGGCCGGCGUGCGCGCCGCGCUCUCGGGCCCGGACGCGGCGGCCAUCAAGCUGGUGUACCUCUGCUCGCCGGGGAACCCGACGGGGUCGCUGCUGCGCAAGGACGACGUGCGCGCCGUGCUGGAGCACCCGACCUGGAACGGCGUGGUCGUGGUGGACGAGGCCUACGUCGACUUCGCCACGGGGCCCGAGGCCAGCCUGGCCGAGUGGGUCGUCGAGUGGCCCAACCUGGUCGUCAUGCAGACCAUGAGCAAGGGCUUUGGCCUGGCGGGGAUCCGGCUCGGCGCGGUGUUCACGUCGCCCCCCAUCGCCCGCCUGCUCAACGCGCUCAAGGCGCCGUACAACAUCUCGAGCCUGACCAGCAGUAUCGCGGAAUAUGCCCUGUCAGAGGCAGGGCUGGCGGCGACGAGGGCGAUUAGGGAGAAGUUGAUUGCGCAGAGGGAGCGAAUGCUGAGGGAGAUGCCCCGGAUCAGCGGCGUGGGCAGGCUGCGGGGUGGAACCGACAGUAACUUCUUGCUAUACGAGAUGCUCAACGCCGAAGGGAAACCCGACAAUGUCACGGCGCUUGCAGUGUACGAGAGGCUGGCUGAGACGAAGGGGGUGGUUGUUCGUUUCCGCGGCAAGGAGCAUGGCUGUUUGGGCUGCUUGAGGAUCACGGUCGGCACCGAAGACGAAGUGACACGAUUUUUGGCUGCGUUGGAGCGGACACUAGCUGAGGUCCGGGGGAUCCCUCCAGCUGCGGACGAGGAAAAUAGGGAGGCCGCUGCGAGCGCAGUAGUUGCUUAG